AUGGUCGGGAUCCACUUCAUGCAGGUCCGGUGCAUCGGCUCAGUGCGAGGCGCGCCAAGCAACGUGAAUCGGCUUCGGGGGCACAAGGCAGCUUUUGACUUUCAGGUAGAAAAGGUGGGCACAUGGCAUUUGCGGUGCUGUGACUUCGACAUUGGUAGGACCCGUGCUCGGGGGAGUGGGCAGGAACCAGCUGGUCCUAGCCCCGUGGCGAGCGGGGGUCAUAGAGCCGAUGGCGACGUUGCUGAAGAACAUGAAGAGAGUGAGCCUGACCGUGAGAGACCACGGCCUGAGGCUUUGGAUGGUAGGAAUGAUGAUGAGCAGGGUGAGAGCGAGCACUGGGGUGUAUGGUCGCAUGAGACUCCGGGGAGUUGGUGGGGCGACCGUCACUAUGGUGGUUGGUGGAGCUGGCAUUGGGAUGACUGGCGCCACGACUGGGAGCCGAGGCGAGAUGAGAAGGUGGCCCGGGUUGAAGAGACCACUUGGGCGUUGGAUGGCCGCUGGGUUGGAGGCAGUAGCACCCCGGCGGGUGAAUCAUGGCGGACCGGAGACGAUGGUGCUUCGGGCAAGCCGACGGAGAAGAUGGUGGUCCCUGAGUUCGAUGGCGAUGGUGGCGAAAAUGAGCUGGGCACCACCGCUCGCUCAUACUUGAGGAAGGUUGGGGCAUGGCUGCGGUGCACCAAGCUCCCAGAGCGCGAGCGUGGCUUGGCGCUCUACACCCACCUCAAGGGCCGGGCUUGGGUCUUUGCGGAGGAGCUGGACUUGGAUCGACUUGGGGCCAAUGGAGGUGUUGAGUACUACUUGGAGUGGGUCAGAAUCCGCUUCAUGGAAAUGGAAGUGAACAAAGUGGCAUCAGUCAUGACGGAGCUCUUCAAGAAGUGCCGCCGCAAGCCAGAGCAGGCGGUGAGGGACUUCAACAUGGAGUUUGAGCGCUUGUUGUUGCGCCUUGGAGAGCUGAACUGCGAAUUGCCAGCUCUUGUCAAAGCUUGGCUCUACCUCGACCGUCUCAAGUUGGGGGAGAGCGACGAGCUGGCACUCUUAGCAUCUGUGAACAACCAGUACGACCUUCGUUGCCUGCAGCAGGCAGCCAUCAUCCAUGAUCGUGGCGUCGCACGACGAUCGUGGGAACGCCCUGGCAAUGGGGGGCGUUGGAAGCAGCAAUCAGCGCAUGUGACGGCCGCUGGAGAUGAUGCCUGGAGCGAUGAGCACGAUGGAGAUGCUGGCGGUGCAUUGGACGACAAGGAAGAGUCCGAUGCGGAGCUGGUUGAAGAAGAGGUGGCAUCGGGACUACAUAGUGCAUUCAUGGCUUUCCAGGAUGCGAAGUCUCGCUAUCGUGAGGCAAUGAAGGGCAGAGGCAUGGACCGGGAAGAGAUGAAGAAGAGGAGCGAAGAAAGAUUGCGCCUUGCAAAGGCGCGCAGCUACUGCUCAGCAUGCAAGCGAAAGGGGCAUUGGCACCGAGAUCCCGAAUGCCCUUUGAAAGGAACUUCGCGGAGCAGUGCCACGGCUGAGGGUGCGAAGAGUGCGCAGAUGUGCACCCACCACGUGCAGAUGUGCUAUAUGACUGCCUAUGUGGACACUCCUGAAGAGACCUAUGGCGAGUGCGAGACCGUGGUCUUCAUGGCGGGCGAUGCUGGUGAUGGUGGCCAGCGUGUCGGGGGAGGUGAGAGACCCUGCGCGCUGGCCAUUGCAGACACAGCCUGCACGAAGACGGUGGCAGGACAUCAAUGGUAUGAAGACUAUUGUCGUUGGGCAGACGAUCGUGGGCUUCCCAUCGAGAUAGUCGAGGAGAAGGAUCAGUUCAAGUUUGGUGCAUCGAGAAUCCACCCUUCCAUGUUUGCACUUUGGGCCAUCUUCGGAGUGGGCGGCAAGUGGAUCCGUGUGAAGGUAGCCAUAGUCCAAUGCAGGGUCCCACUUUUGUUUAGCCGCACAGUUCUUGCAAAGCUUGGCAUGGUUUACCGUGUAGGAGCUCAAAGGGCAGAUUUGACACAUUUAGGGCUUUUUGAUUUAGAGAUGGCCGUGUCAGAAACUGGACACCCUGCUUUUGUGGUCACUGACAUUGGUGACAGGGCAAGCUACGGAUCUGAGUUCCGUUGGAGCGGCAAUCCGGAGGUCCAACUCUGUGACAGCUCUGUGGUCGAGCAAUACAUGGCUGAGCCGAUUCAUAACGCAACGAAUCGCACUUCAAGCAUGCUGGUGGACUAUGGAUUGGACGUAGCCGUUUUCAGAAACCAAGAUCAACUAGCUCUCCCCGACGUUGGCAGCCCAAGCUGCCAGACCAUGUCAGCGGUGCCGACUUCACCAUGGCGCAUGAACAAGGCGGAGUUGAUCCGCGAGCUGGAUGCAUUGCAGAUUCCCAUCCACCCAAGGUGGACUCUCCCAGAGCUCAGGCAGACGGUGAUCGAGCACCGCCAGCAGAGAACGGGGGAAGAGGAGACGGCAAUCAAGGGCUUGGGGCGCAUGACACUGGACGAGCUCAAGGCCAAGUGCACGGAACACAGUUUGAAAGUGCCCACGAAAGCCACACGGGGGCUCCUCAUCAAGAUGCUGCGUCAUGCCUCGCAGCCGAGCGGGGACCAGGUGAUGAACUUCGGCAAGUACAAGUCAUGGAUGUACAAGGAGGUGCCUGUGGAAUACCUCCGCUGGGCAGUCUUGGAGUCGGAGGCGAACGACACGGCGGGGGACGACCUCUGCCACUUUGCCGCAUGGGCGAAGGGGGAGCUGGCGAAGCAGUCGACAUAUGCACAGAGGUGCGGGGCAGUUCCCUACAACAUGGACCCGGAGGCCAAGGCGAUCACUCCAGUCCCAAAGGUGGUGGCAUCUUCCGCGCCAUGCAGCAGCUGGUCGCGGGUGUCUUCAAGGGGAACUCCGAAGAGGGCAUCGUCCGAGACGGAAUCAGGGAUGUCGGCAAUGGAUGCGGAGUUGCCGGAGGAGGCACAAGCGGAACUGCUGAGGCUGGAGACCGAGAUCGCGUUGGUGAAGCAGAAGUACCGAGUGAGAAGAACACCAACCAUUGAGACUGUCGAGGGCAAGGUUUUUGUAGAGGGCAAGGACGUCGGGCUUGGCAAGCUAAAGUAUGACGACGUCCUUGAGUAUAAAGCGACAAUCGGGCUUGGUAAGCAUGUCGUUGAGAAUGCGGCGACAGUCGGGCUGGGCAUUGGUGGUGGAUCCGGCAACUAUGAGGCUGCGAAUGACUUGGUGAGCGAUGACGGCGACAAGUGCGAUGAUGGGCCUGGCAGGGACUGGCGCGGGUAUGGCGCCCAGAUGCUGGGGAACAUCUUCAUGGCCGAUGCGGCUUGUGGCGACAGCGACAGUGGUGAGGUGGUGAGUCCCAAGGAGAGAGCUCGCAGGGGCAUGCAAAAGAGGAAGAUCAAUUCAUCCACGAGGAAGAAGCUGCAGCACAUGGGACGGCAGCUUAGCUUGGUGUUGAUGGCAUGCGCUGGCGCAAUUGGUAGCUUUGCGGAGGAGGUCUUUGUGGAGCCGGUUCAAGACUUGUGGAUGGCAACUGGCUUUGGCGGAGAGGGCAGAGUUCACUGCCUUGAGGUGUUUGCCGGCGAAGCGGAAAUCUCUGGCGCUUUUGCUGCUCAUGGCUUGGGGGUCCUGCGCCCUCGAGACAUCAGGUACGGAGAUGAUCUACGCGACCCUGAGGUGCGGGCCAACAUCUUGGAGGAAGUACGGCAAAGAAGGCCAAAAGUGGUUUGGCUGGCCCCGCCGUGCACGGCGUGGUGCGCAUUUUCCAGGCUGAACCACACCAAGCAAGAGCGGCGGCGCAUCCGUCGCCGGGAGAAGGUCUUUCUGGAAUUCAUUGACGAGGUCUUCUUGAUCCAGCGCAUGAAUGGAGGGCAUGUCGUGGUUGAGAACCCAGCCACUUCUGACAUUUGGCUUCACCCCAUUUUGGCAAGGUGGGCUCGUGACAACCAGGUGGAGAGUUUUGUCCUCCACAUGUGCGCUUUUGGUCUGGAGUCGAUAGCUCACCCGGGCAUGGCCUUGAAGAAGAGCAUCAAGCUGAUGGCAACAGAUCCGAGUUUCAAACAAGCGGUGGUUGAGGCGACCAAGAACGCUGGAGCUCACCAAGUUUUGGUGGCUGACGACGGCACAGGCCGAGAUGUGCCGUGA